AUGAUCAACCCCUCGAAUCUAUUCACGUUCCAAUUUCAAGCAGUAGAACAUCAAUCGCAGACCCCUCAAGAGUUUUUUUUAAGUUUGACACACAGCCAGUUCGACCCAGAUAAUAAUAUCAAGAAAUUUACAAAAGAAAUUCUUUCUGCCUUUGCAACUUCUGCAAGGGUAGGUGCUGCGCAUAGGGAAAUUGGUAUAUCCUUCGAAAGAUUCCUUUAUGGUAUACUACUAUCGUUGGGUUACCUCGUCUUUCAAACACUUUUAUUUUUGCUACUCCGUAUUAUCUUCAAGCGUCUCUAUCAAGGAAAGAGGGUCUUAAAUCCUGAAGGAUUUAAAAGUAACUGGCUUAAGACCAUAAUUACCGCGGACAUUGAAUCUUACAAAGAAAGCUGUGGAUUGGAUGCUUAUUUAAUGUUGAGAUUUUUAAAAUUCCUUGCUUUUUUCUCCUUUACAACUUCGAUAGUCAAUUUGCCUGUUCUGUUACCAAUCCACUAUAUUUCCGGUUCGGAUUCAACAUCACUAGAUCGAUUGAAUAUGUCGAAUAUAGAUUCCAAAGUUAUGGUUAUUCAUUUGAUCAUGUGCAUUUUUCUUGUUAGCUGGUUUUUUGCUUUGCUACACAGUGAGCUAAAAAUCACUACUAGUUGCAUCAAAAAAGAGAUAAAUAAAGGGAGAUAUCAACACAUUUUAUUUCUAGAUAACGUGAUUCUUAACAAAAGGGAGUUAAUUGAGAAGUUUCAAAUAAUGGGAAACAUUGAAGGAGUGUGUUACAUUCCUAAAGAUUACAAAAAGAUCUAUCUUAUUUGGAAGAAAAUGCGUCAUUUAGAACACCAACUAGAAAAAAUAACUUUGGAGGUGUACCUUGAACAGUUCUUUUCUGAAAGGAUGAAAGAUAUCAGCGGUAGUAAUAAAUUUAACAACAUUUUCAAAUCAACAAACCGGAAGCUAAAAUUUAACUUUAAUAAGUAUGUGUUCCAGAUGAAAACUUUAGUUGAUCGCUCAAAGUGGAGAUUUUUUAGAAUACACGGCGCCAAUAAAGGAUCGAUAUAUAGAUUGCCGUUAUCUUUCAGGUUUAAAAAAAGGUCUUUCUUAAAGGAUAGGAUGGAACUGCUACCAAAAAAAAUAGAAGAAUACCACAAAGUUGUUAAAGAACUAAUUAAAAGACGAGAAUAUUUGGAAAAGAAGAACAACCCUAAUUUUGUCUCUUCAAGAUACUUUUAUAAUAAAGCGUUUAUUGAGUUUGACUCCGCCAUAACAUGUCAUCUCUUCGCUCAAUUACUAAACAAUAACCAGAAUGAUGUCAAACUAGUUGUGGGUCCCGAUCCACAGGACAUUAUCUGGUCGAACGUUUCUGCAGAAUCCACCAUACUGAAAUGGAUAAGAGGAGGUAUCGCCAGAAUUUUUGGCGUCCUUAUUAUUGUUGGUUGGAUUAUACCAGUAGGGUUGAUUGGGCUGCUGUCCCAAAUUCCGUAUUUGGCAUAUCUGAUACUGAUCCCCAACAGCUCUGAAUUUCGCUCAGAGGUUGUUUAUAACUUGGUUAUCAUAAUAUUCCCAGUUGUUUCAUUGAUUUUUUUGACAGAGUGUGCUCCUUAUAUAUUCCGCCUUCUCAGCUAUUUAAAGGGCUGCAGAACAGGUUCCGAGAUCGAGGUAGAUACUCAGAAAUGGUUUUUUGCCUUUCUCUUUGUGCAUUUAUUCCUUGUGGUUACAAUUUCCUCUGGUGUAUCCUUUGUUAUUGAAAACUUAAUUAAUAAUCCUACCACAGUACCGUCCAUUCUUGCAGCCGAACUGCCAAAAAGCUCAAAUUUCUUUUGCUCUUUUAUUCUAAUGAGAGGAAUGGCAUAUUGUGGCGGUAACCUAAUCCGAAUUGGAGAACUCUUUAUUGAAGUUUUUUACUACAAACUAUGUCUCUACACACCACAUAAGAGAUUAGAGAGACUCCGAAAAUCGCUGUAUUUUCAGUGGGGUUCGGUGUACCCUAUUUUUUCUGUUCUAGGCUGUAUCACCGUUAUCUACAGUGUGAUUGCUCCGCUAAUUCUUCCCCUUGCAUGCGUUUCAUUUAUUUUGGUUUACUACUCCUUCAAGUACCUAUUUGAAUACCAGUAUUCUUAUAGCAACAGCUCUGAAACUUUUGGCAAGCUGUACCCACAAGCCCUAAUGCAACUUUACGCUGGCAUAUAUUUUUUAGAGGUUUGUUUAUUGGGGUUAUUCGUGGUUUCAAAUCAGUAUAUUGUUUCAAUAGCGAUGAUACUAUUGUUUGUUGUGACAAUAAUUACACAUGCCAAAUUUGCAAGCCUCUUUCUUUGUGGAUUUCAGCAAGUAGACUACACAUGCCAAAAGAGUGGGUUUGACUCAUCCAAAUUACCUUCAUUUCAACUGAAUUGCAAUGUAAUAUCGAAAUAUCAAUUACCGAUGGUAACUUUUGAUAGAAACAUCAAAAAAUUAUGGAUACCUUGUGAUAGCAAAGGGCUGGUCCAUUCCUUUCAAAUGCAGAUGCAGAAUCAGUUUGGUCUGAUAUUAGAUAUUGAUAGAUGUUUUAUCGAUGAUGAAGGUGACAUAUAUUUACAUAUUUGA